CUCUCUCUCUCUCUCUCUCUCUCUCUUCGCUUCUCUUUCUAUUGGGUUUUCUUUUUUGGCUAGAAUCGGGGGAUUUGGGCACGCCGCCAGGGAACGAAAGCGAAACCCUAACCCUAAUUCGCGUUGCUGCCGCCGCGAAUUUUCACCGGAAUCAACCGCCGCAGGCACGAAAGAGUCAGUUCGUAAUGGCUGAUAAUCGGAAUGGAAAUGGUAAACCUACGAAGGGUGCUGGAGCCGGAAAUAAUCCUUAUGCCAUUGACUUGAAUGUUUUCAGUCAGAGGUUGAAGGCUCUGUAUUCGCACUGGAAUGAGCACCCUGAGUUGUGGGAUUCUUGUGAGGUUAUUGCAAUUGCAACACCGCCGCAGUCAGAUGAAAUCCGGUACCUUAAAUCUUCGGCAUUACAGAUGUGGAUGGUUGGUUAUGAUGUUCCAGAUACGAUAAUGGUUUUCAUGAAGAAGCAUAUUCAUUUCUUGGGUAGCCAGAAGAAGGUGUCUUUUUUCCAAGGUGUGAAGAAGGCUGCCAAAGAGGCUGUGGGUGUUGAUCUUGUGACGCAUGUGAAGGCAAAGAGUGAUGAUGGCGGUGCUCUGAUGGAUGCUGUUUUGGGUGUCAUUCGUGCUCAACCAAGGGCUGAUGGCCAUGAUACUGUUGUUGUAGGUAGGAUAGCAAGGGAGGAACCAGAGGGGAAUCUUUUGAAAUUGUGGUUUGAGAAGCUGAAGAGUGCAACUGUUCAGCUUGGUGAUGUAACAAAUGGGUUGUCUGACUUGUUUGCUGUCAAGGAGAAAGAGGAACUUGGUGAUAUCAAGAAGGCUGCUUACUUAAGUAGUGUUGUCAUGCAGAAAAUGGUGACGAAGCUUGAGAAUGUAAUUGAUGAUGAGAAGAAAGUCACUCACUCUUCUUUGAUGGAUGAGACAGAGAAACUUAUAUUGGAACCCUCUAAAGUUGGGCUGAAGCUCAAUCCUCAGAAUGUUGAUAUCUGUUACCCUCCAAUCUUUCAGAGUGGAGGAAAGUUUGAUCUCAGACCUGGUGCUGCCAGCAAUGACGAGUGUCUUUAUUAUGAUCGUGCCAGUGUGAUCAUAUGUGCUAUUGGAUCCCGUUAUCACAAUUACUGCUCGAAUGCUGCCAGGACUUUUUUGAUUGAUGCCAAUUCCAUUCAGAGCAAGGCAUAUGAUGUUCUUCUCAAGGCCCAUGCUGCAGCCAUUAGUGAGUUGAAGCCUGAAAGUAAAGCCAGUGCAGCAUAUCUAGCUGCACUUUCUGUUGUAGAGAAGGAUGCUCCUGAACUAUUACCUAAUCUGACAAAAUCUACGGGGACAGGCAUUGGUAUUGAGUUCCGCGAAUCUGGGUUGAAUCUUAAUGGAAAAAAUGACAGGGUGCUGAAAGCAGGCAUGGUCUUUAAUGUGUCACUCGGUUUUCAUAACUUGCAGAGUGGUAUCAGUAAUUCAAAGCAGCAGAACUUCUCCUUGUUGCUAGCUGACACGGUUGUUGUCAACGAUGACAAACCAGAGGUGCUGACAGCAAAAGUUUCUAAAGCUGUUAAAGAUGUGGCAUACUCCUUCAAUGAAGUUGAAGAAAAGCCAGUGAAAGGAAAAGGUCCGGCUAAUGGAACAGAGGCGUUGAUAUCUAAAACCAACCUGAGGUCGGAUAAUAGUGAGAAAUCAAAGGAGGAGCAGCGCAGGCACCACCAGGCAGAACUAGCCCGCCAGAAAAAUGAAGAAACUGCCCGCAGACUUGCUGGUGAUGCACCUGGAUCAGGUAAUAAUCGUUCCACUGCAAAGUCUUCAGCCGAUUUAGUUGCCUACAAGAAUGUAAACGAUCUCGCUCCUAAAAGAGAUCUGAUGAUUCAAGUUGACCAGAACAAUGAAGCGGUUCUUUUGCCUAUUUAUGGGAGCAUGGUCCCUUUUCAUGUUGCCACCAUAAGGACAGUUAGUGUCCAAGCAGAGUCAGCCAGCACCAACCAGGCUUCUUAUAUCAGAAUCAUCUUUAAUGUUCCUGGGACUCCUUUUAGUCCUCAUGAUACAAACUCACUGAAAAACUUGGGUUCUAUAUAUUUAAAGGAAGUCUCGUUUCGCUCCAAGGACACAAGGCACAUUAAUGAAGUCACACAGGUGAUAAAAAACCUCCGGAAGCGAGUUGUGUCCAGGGAGAAUGAGAGAGCUGAAAGGGCAACACUUGUUACUCAGGAGAAACUCCAACUAGCUGGUAACAAAUUUAAGCCUCUGAGAUUGAAUGACCUCUGGAUUCGACCUGUUUUUGGUGGACGAGGCAGAAAGAUUCCUGGUACUCUUGAAGCUCAUGCAAAUGGGUUUCGUUACUCUACCAGCAGGCAAGAUGAGCGUGUGGAUGUAAUGUAUGGAAAUAUUAAGCAUGCUUUUUUCCAGCCAGCAGAGAAUGAGAUGAUCACUCUCCUUCAUUUUCAUCUUCACAAUCACAUUAUGGUGGGCAACAAGAAAACCAAAGAUGUGCAAUUCUAUGUGGAGGUUAUGGAUGUAGUUCAGACCUUAAGUGGAAAGAGAUCUGCCUAUGACCCAGAUGAGAUUGAAGAAGAGCAAAGAGAGAGAGCUAGGAAGAACAAAGUCAACACUGAAUUUCGGACGUUUGUGAGUAGGGUACAGGAUCUUUGGCAGCAGCCCCAGUUUGAAGGCCUUGAACUUGAGUUUGAUCAGCCUUUCAGGGACCUUGGUUUCCAUGGUGUGCCUUACAAAUCCUCAGCAUAUAUCGUCCCCACUACAAAUUGCUUGGUUGAACUGAUUGAAAAUCCUUUUCUUGUUGUCACUCUUGCUGAGAUUGAAAUUGUGAAUCUGGAAAGGGUUGGGCUUGGACAGAAGAAUUUUGACAUGGCAAUUGUAUUUAAGGAUUUUAAAAAAGAUGUUCUUCGGAUCGAUUCUAUUCCAUCAACAUCACUUGAAGGUAUCAAGGAAUGGCUUGACGACACAGAGAUCAAGUACUAUGAGAGCAGGAUGAAUCUGUCAUGGAAACCUAUACUGAAGACAAUUACUGAGGAUCCGCAGAGCUUCCUUGAUAAUGGAGGUUGGGAGUUUUUGAAUUUGGAGGGAACAGAUUCAGACUCUGAGCAAUCUCAGGAGUCAGACCAGGGUUAUGAACCAUCUGAUAUGGAAUCCGAAUCAGAAUCAGAGGAUGAUUCUUCUGAUAGUGAAUCGCUUGUGGAGUCUGAGGACGAUGAUGAGGAAGAUUCAGAAGAAGUCUCUGAGGGUGAGGAGGGAAAGACAUGGGAAGAGUUGGAGAGGGAAGCAAGCAAUGCAGACAAGGAGAAAGGUAAUGAGUCUGACAGCGAGGAGGAGAGGAAGAGAAGGAAGAUGAAAGCUUUUGGCAAGGGUCGAGCCCCUCCUGCUGGUGGCAUCCCGAAGCGGUCCAAGUUGAGGAGAUAGAUAUGUGGUUGUUUCUUGUCCACGUCAGUUCUUAUGUUUUGCUUUAAUGGUUGUCUGAUGAUGACCUAGCCUGGAACUUCUAUAUUAAUCUCUAGUAGUCGGCAAGGAAUUUGGUUUUCAUUCUACUAGCUUAUGUUGAAGAUCUUUAUUUUGCUUGUAAAUUGGUAGCAUCCUCGCUGGAAGUAAACGAUCUAUUGUUCUCUUUCCCAUGGUUUUUGCUUCUACUGUUGAGUACAAUUUAUCAUUUCGAAAC